AUGGCCGACCUUGACGAAGACGAAAGACACGAAAUAGCAGUCUCAUAUGGCUCGAUCAUAGGCACUGGCCUGUUGGCAAUUAUCAUAUGCUGUACGCGACUCCUGACAAGGAAAUUCAUCAUCAAGGCCUUUAGUGUUGACGAUUGGGCCUGCCUCAUAGCCUUGGUCCUCACGACCACGUUCAACUCUUUAGGGAUAGCAGUGGUCUACAAUGGGGCUGGCCGGCACAUCGAGCAUGUCAGUGCCCAAGAGCUCACAACAUGGUUCAAAUUAUACUAUGCAUGCACGUGUUUCUACUUGAUCAUUGCCUGUGCAGUCAAAUCGAGCUUGCUUGCCCUCAUGUGGCGUCUCUUUCCACUACUCAUAACUCACCAUUGCGCGUACACGACAGCACUUCUCCGCAGAGCCGGCCUGUGUCUUUUCAUCUUUAUGACCCUCUUCACAAUUUCUGGGACAUUUGUCGCCGCAUUUCAGUGCAAUCCUCCAAAAUAUGUAUACGAUUUGACCUACGUCAUGGCGGCCGACCGGGCUGCUCACUGCUACUCGCCAAACACGGCAUACGGCGUUUUCUUAUAUCAAGCUGUGAUCCUCUUCGCCAUAGACAUCAUCAUAUUCAUGUACCCAGUCCCUGCGCUAUGGGGCCUAAGAAUGACAAGAGGAAAGGGGCUGGUCUCCGUGUUGGUGUUUGGGUCAGCCGUCGUCGCUUGCAUAGCACCCGCGUUGCGAUUUCAAAGUCUCAGCUUUUACAAAUCUGGCAGCAGUGACAUGACCUGGUUCAACGCAGCAGAGGCAACAACCUUCGCGUGCAAGGGGACAGCAUUCUGA